AUGGAUUCUACGAAGUGCAACAACAACAAACCGACCACCUACUACUGCUGCGCGUGCGAGGCUCGCUACGAGGAGCACGCGGCGUUCCAGCGACAUCUGCUCGACGCCGAGGCCCAUCCACGACUGCGACGCCGCUACGUGUGCGACCUGUGCCCCUCGGCGUACGCCACGAAGUCCGGCCUGAGGCAGCACCGGGUGGCGCGACACGAGGCCCCGCACCAGUGCCGGAUCUGCCCGAAACGCUACGGCAAGCCGAGCCAGCUCGCCCAGCACCUCGCCGCGGUGCAUCUGGGCAGGAGGCAGUUUCGCUGCGGGGAGUGCGGCAGAGGCUUCGCGCGCGAGGACAAUCUCAGGCAGCAUCGGGCGGUGCUGCAUCAGGGCUUGAAGAGGUUCCUGUGCGAUCGCUGUCCCGAGGCGUUCGGAUUGAAGGUGACGCUGAAGCUGCACGUGGCCCGGGUGCACGACGCGAGGCGGCUGGAGUGCGCCGAGUGCGGCAAGCUCUUCAGCAAGUUCAACCACGUGAAGCGACACCUGCACACGGUGCACCUGAAGCUGAAGCCGUACAGGUGCGAGCUAUGCGACAGGCCCUUCGGCAGGAAGGAGUACCUGAAGGCUCACACGGCGAACGUGCACAAAAGUUGA